AUCUACAUUUCUUCUAAUUGGAUAUGAGUAUAAUUGUGCUGCCUUAAGUAGCUUCCCGGAAAUUAUGUAGUUCGUAGAAACUUUAAGAGUUUAACUGUGUAUUAGGCAGAUACAUUACAUGAGGAACACGCUUCAUCAACAACCAUGGAAGAGUAUGCCCGUGAACCAUGUCCCUACCGUAUAGUCGACGAUUGUGGUGGAGCAUUUGCUAUGGGUUGUAUUGGAGGUGGUGUGUUUCAAGCUAUUAAAGGAUUCCGAAACGCUCCAUCAGGAUUUAACCGGCGUUUGCUGGGAAGCUUAACAGCAAUAAAAAGCCGGUCUCCUAUUAUAGCCGGAAAUUUUGCUGUAUGGGGCGGAAUGUUCAGCACAAUCGAUUGUACACUGGUCCAUUUUCGGAAGAAGGAAGACCCGUGGAACUCCAUUAUUAGUGGUGCUGCCACGGGAGGAAUUUUGGCAGCCAGAAACGGCGUUCCUGCUAUGAUCGGUAGUGCGGUGAUAGGUGGCGUGUUGUUAGCUUUGAUUGAAGGUGUAGGUAUCAUGUUUACGCGUAUAUCUGCUGAACAGUUUCGCAACCCUAUUCCUCCGAGUGAUGAUCCAUCGGUGCUAGGAGAUCCAAAUCAACAGCAGAUGUCUUCAGCUGCACCUGCUACAUUUGCGUUUGGUCAGUCUGGACAGAACUAUCAAUAAUGAAAGUGCGAAGGAUUGUGUGAAAUCAACAGAAGGCUCUUCGUUUUAUUUUUCAUAGAAUUAAAGCAGAUCAUGAAGUCGAUUUGGUAUUACGGA